GCGUGUGGAACUGCUGACUCAGGAUGUCGGGGUUCAGGCUGGGUGACCACGUGUGGCUGGAGCCUCCCUCCACCCACAAGACCGGCGUGGCCAUCGGGGGCAUCAUCAAAGAGACAAAGCCAGGCAAGGUCUUGGUUGAAGAUGACGAGGGCAAGGAACACUGGAUCCGAGCAGAGGACUUUGGUGUCCUCAGUCCCAUGCACCCAAACUCAGUCCAGGGCGUGGACGACAUGAUCCGCCUGGGGGACCUGAACGAGGCAGGCAUGGUGCACAACCUCCUGAUCCGCUACCAGCAGCACAAGAUCUAUACGUACACAGGCUCCAUCCUGGUGGCCGUGAACCCGUUCCAGGUGCUACCGCUCUACACCCUGGAGCAGGUACAGCUCUACUACAGCCGCCAUAUGGGCGAGCUGCCCCCACAUGUCUUUGCCGUCGCCAACAACUGCUACUUCAACAUGAAGAGGAACAAGAGGGACCAGUGCUGCAUCAUCAGCGGCGAGUCUGGGGCUGGCAAGACGGAGACCACCAAACUCAUCCUGCAGUUCCUGGCCACCGUCAGUGGCCAGCAUUCGUGGAUUGAGCAGCAGGUCCUGGAAGCCAACCCCAUCCUGGAGGCCUUUGGAAAUGCCAAGACAAUCCGCAACGACAACUCAAGCCGCUUUGGGAAGUACAUUGACAUCUAUUUUAACCCCAGCGGGGUGAUCGAGGGCGCGCGCAUCGAGCAGUUUCUCCUGGAGAAGUCCCGGGUCUGCCGGCAGGCCCCCGAGGAGCGGAACUACCAUAUCUUCUACUGCAUGCUCAUGGGGAUGAGUGCUGAGGACAAGCAGCUGCUGAGCCUGGGCACGCCCUCCGAGUACCACUACCUGACCAUGGGGAACUGCACUUCCUGUGAGGGGCUCAACGACGCCAAAGACUACGCCCACAUCCGCUCGGCCAUGAAGAUCCUCCAGUUCUCUGACUCCGAGAGCUGGGACCUCACCAAGCUGCUGGCUGCCAUUCUCCACCUGGGAAACGUGGGGUUCAUGGCUUCGGUCUUCGAGAACCUGGACGCCUCAGACGUGAUGGAGACACCUACCUUUCCCACUGUGAUGACGUUACUGGAGGUGCAGCACCAGGAGCUCCGGGACUGUCUGAUCAAGCAUACCAUCCUCAUCCGAGGGGAAUUUGUCACCAGGCCCCUGAACGUCGCCCAGGCUGCUGACCGGAGGGACGCCUUUGUCAAGGGCAUCUAUGGGCACCUCUUCCUGUGGAUUGUCAAGAAGAUCAAUGCUGCCAUCUUCACACCACCAGCCCAGGACCCCAAAAAUGUGCGGAGGGCCAUCGGCCUCCUGGACAUAUUUGGCUUUGAAAAUUUCAAGAACAAUAGCUUCGAGCAACUCUGCAUCAACUUCGCCAAUGAGCACCUGCAGCAGUUCUUUGUGCAGCACGUGUUCACCAUGGAGCAAGAGGAGUACCGCUCGGAGAACAUCUCCUGGGACUAUAUCCACUACACCGACAAUCGGCCCACCCUGGACCUGCUGGCCCUCAAGCCCAUGAGCAUCAUCUCCCUCCUGGAUGAAGAAAGCCGCUUCCCGCAGGGGACAGAUCUCACCAUGCUGCAAAAACUGAACAGUGUCCACGCCAGCAACAAGGCCUUCCUACAGCCCAAGAACAUCCACAGUGCCAGAUUUGGCAUUGCCCAUUUUGCCGGCGAGGUGUACUACCAAGCAGAAGGCUUCCUGGAGAAGAACCGAGACAUGCUGAGCACAGAUAUCCUCACCCUGGUUUACUCCUCCAAAAACAAGUUUCUGAGGGAGAUAUUCAACUUGGAGUUAGCAGAGACCAGGCUGGGCCAUGGGACCAUCCGCCAGGCAAAGGCAGGAAACCAUCUCUUCAAGUCUGCAGACUCAAAUAAACGGCCCUCCACCUUAGGAAGCCAGUUCAAACAGUCUCUGGACCAGCUGAUGAAAAUCCUGACCAACUGCCAGCCUUACUUCAUCCGCUGCAUCAAACCUAAUGAGUAUAAGAAGCCGCUGCUGUUCGACCGGGAGCUGUGCCUGCGGCAGCUGCGAUACUCAGGCAUGAUGGAGACCGUGCACAUCCGCAAGUCGGGCUUCCCCAUCCGCUACACGUUCGAGGAGUUCUCGCAGAGGUUCGGCGUGUUGCUGCCCAACGCCGUGCGGAUGCAGCUGCAAGGCAAGUUCCGCCAGAUGACCUUGGGCAUCACUGACAUGUGGCUGCGGACAGACAAAGACUGGAAAGUGGGGAAGACCAAAAUUUUCCUGAAGGAUCAUCAGGACACUCUGCUGGAGGUACAGAGAAGCCAGGUGCUGGACAGAGCGGCGCUCAGCAUCCAGAGAGUCCUGCGGGGCUACAGAUACAGGAGGGAGUUCCUGAGGCAGAGGCGGGCAGCUGUGACCCUGCAGGCCUGGUGGAGAGGCUACUGCAACAGGAGGAAUUUCAAGCUGAUCCUCGUGGGCUUUGAGCGCCUGCAGGCUAUUGCCCGGAGCCAGCUGCUGGCGAGGCAGUACCAGGCCAUGCGGCAGAGGACAGUCCAGCUGCAGGCCCUGUGCAGGGGAUACCUGGUGCGCCAGCAAGUCCAGACCAAGAGGAGGGCAGUGGUGGUCAUUCAGGCCCAUGCCAGGGGCAUGGCUGCCCGGCGCAACUUCCAGCAAAGGAAGGCCAAUGCGCCGCUGGUCAUCCCGGCCGAGGGGCAGAAGAGCCAAGGUGCUCUCCCCACCAAGAAGCGCAGAUCCAUCUACGACACCGUCACUGACACGGAGAUGGUGGAGAAGGUGUUCGGCUUCCUCCCUGCCAUGAUUGGGGGCCAGGAGGGCCAGGCCCCACCGCGCUUUGAGGAUCUGGAAUCAAAGACCCAGAAGCUGCUUGAGGUUGACCUGGACACAGUCCCCAUGGCGGAGGAGCCUGAGGAGGAUGUGGAUGGCCUGGCCGAGUACACCUUCCCCAAGUUUGCUGUGACUUACUUCCAGAAAUCAGCCAGCCACACACACAUCCGGCGGCCCCUCCGAUACCCGCUGCUUUACCACGAAGAUGACACUGACUGCUUGGCUGCCCUGGUCAUAUGGAACGUCAUCCUGAGGUUCAUGGGUGACCUGCCAGAGCCAGUGCUGUAUGCCAGGAGCAGCCAGCAGGGCAGCUCAGUGAUGCAGCAGAUCCAUGACACGCUGGGCAGGGAGCACGGUGCCCAGGUUCCACAGCACAGUAGAUCUGCACAGAGAUCUGGCCUCAAGGACAAAGGGACCAAGGAUAUCUCCUCCAUGAAGCUGAAGCGGUCCUCUCAGAUCACGGGCCAGGUGGCAAGCCAGCUGAACACUGGAGAGGAGGCAUUGGAGCCCGAUGGCCUUGGUGCAGACCGGCCCAUGUCCAACCUGGAGAAGGUGCACUUCAUUGUGGGCUACGCCAUCCUGCGGCCCAGCCUCAGGGAUGAGAUUUACUGCCAGAUCUGCAAGCAGCUCUCGGAGAACUUCAAAACAAGCAGCCUGGCCCGGGGCUGGAUCCUGCUCAGCCUCUGCCUCGGCUGCUUCCCACCCUCAGAGAGGUUCAUGAAGUAUCUACUGAACUUCAUCGGCCAAGGGCCGGCAAACUAUGGCCCCUUCUGUGCCGAGCGCCUGAGACGCACCUAUGCCAAUGGGGUGCGUGCGGAGCCCCCCACCUGGCUGGAGCUGCAGGCUGUCAAGUCCAAGAAGCACAUCCCCAUCCAAGUCAUCUUGGCCACUGGAGAGAGCCUGACUGUCCCCGUGGACUCAGCCUCCACAUCUCGGGAAAUGUGCAUGCACAUCGCUCACAAGCAGGGCCUCAGCGACCACCUGGGCUUCUCCCUCCAGGUCGCCGUGUAUGACAAGUUCUGGUCCCUGGGCAGCGGGCGCGACCACAUGAUGGAUGCCAUCGCCCAGUGUGAGCAGCUGGCCCAGGAGAGGGGCGAGAGCCAGCGCCAGUCACCCUGGCGCAUCUACUUCCGGAAGGAAUUCUUCACCCCCUGGCAUGACUCCCAGGAGGAUCCCAUCAGCACCGAGCUUAUUUACCACCAAGUCCUCCAUGGAGUCUGGUCUGGCGAGUACGGCUUCGAGAAGGAGGAAGAGCUGGUUGAGCUGCUGGCCCGGCACUGCUACGUGCAGCUCGGCGCCUCAGCAGAGAGCAAGGCUGUCCAGGAGCUGCUGCCCAGCUGCAUCCCCCACAAGCUGUACAGGACCAAGCCCCCAGACAGGUGGGCGAGCCUCAUCACUGCCGCCUGUGCCAAGGCCCCAUACACUCAGAGGCAAGCCACACCACUGGCCGUACGAGAGCAGGUGGUGGACGCCGCCCGCCUGCAGUGGCCGCUGCUCUUCUCCCGGCUGUUUGAAGUCAUCACACUCUCAGGCCCCCGCCUGCCCAAGACGCAGCUGAUCUUGGCUGUUAACUGGAAGGGGCUUUGCUUCCUGGACCAGCGGGAGAAGAUGCUGCUGGAACUCUCUUUCCCAGAGGUCAUGGGUCUGGCCACCAACAGGGAGGCCCAGGGCGGGCAGAGGCUACUGCUCUCCACGAUGCAUGAGGAGUACGAGUUUAUGUCGCCCAGCAGUGUGGCCAUCACUGAGCUGGUGGCCCUGUUCCUGGAGGGCCUGAAGGAGAGGUCCGUGUUCGCCAUGGCCUUGCAGGACAGGAAGGCCACAGAUGAUGCCACCCUCCUGGCCUUCAAGAAGGGGGACCUGUUGGUCCUGACAAAGAAGCAGGGGCUGCUGGCCUCUGAGAACUGGACCCUCGGCCAGAAUGACAGGACAGGCAAGAUGGGGCUGGUGCCCACGGCCUGCCUCUACACCAUCCCCACGGUCACUAAGCCCUCGGCACAGCUGCUGAGCUUGCUUGCCAUGUCACCAGAGAAGAGGAAGCUGGCGGCUCAGGAGGGGCAGUUCGCAGAGCCACGUCCUGAGGAGCCACCCAAGGAAAAGCCACACACCCUGGAGGAGUUCUCCUAUGAGUUCUUCAGGGCUCCAGAGAAGGAUAUAGUGAGCAUGGCCGUGCUGCCCCUGGCCCGUGCCCGGGGCCACCUGUGGGCCUAUUCCUCCGAGCCACUGCGACAGCCGCUGCUCAAGCGAGUCCACGCCAACAUCGACCUCUGGGACAUCGCCUGCCAGAUCUUUGUCGCCAUCCUCCGGUACAUGGGUGACUACCCUUCUCGGCAGGCCUGGCCCACCCUGGAGCUCACCGACCAGAUCUUCACACUGGCCCUGCAGCAUCCCGCCCUGCAGGACGAGGUCUACUGCCAGAUCCUGAAGCAGCUGACGCACAACUCCAACAGGCACAGCGAGGAGCGGGGCUGGCAGCUGCUGUGUCUGUGCACGGGCCUCUUCCCACCCAGCAAGGGGCUGCUGCCCCACGCCCAGAAGUUUAUAGACACUCGGAGGGGGAAGCUGCUGGCCCCCGACUGCAGCCGCCGCAUCCAGAGGGUCCUGAGAACAGGGCCCCGGAAGCAGCCCCCACACCAGGUGGAGGUGGAGGCCGCGGAGCAGAACGUCUCCCGCAUCUGCCACAAGAUCUACCUCCCCAAUGACACCAGCGAGAUGCUGGAGGUAGUUGCCAACACACGGGUGCGGGAUGUGUGUGACAGCAUUGCUACCAGGCUGCAGCUGGCCUCCUGGGAGGGCUGCAGCCUCUUCAUCAAGAUUGCAGACAAGGUCAUCAGCCAGAAGGAGGGGGACUUCUUCUUUGAUUCCUUGAGGCAGGUGUCUGACUGGGUGAAGAAGAACAAGCCCCAGAAAGAAGGGGCCCCCGUGACGCUCCCCUACCAGGUGUACUUCAUGCGGAAACUGUGGCUCAACAUAUCCCCGGGGAAGGAUGUGAAUGCGGACACCAUACUCCAUUACCACCAGGAGCUGCCCAAGUACCUGCGAGGAUUCCACAAGUGUUCGAGGGAGGACGCCAUCCACCUGGGGGGCCUCAUCUACAAGGCCCAGUUCGACAACGACCGGUCCCAGCUGGCUAGUGUCCCCAAGAUCCUGAGGGAACUGGUGCCUGAGAACCUCACACGCCUGAUGUCCUCGGAGGAGUGGAAAAAGAGCAUCCUUCUGGCCUAUGACAAGCACAAGGACAAGACAGUGGAGGAGGCCAAGGUGGCCUUCCUGAAGUGGAUCUGCCGGUGGCCCACCUUCGGGUCUGCCUUCUUCGAGGUGAAGCAAACCUCAGAGCCCUCCUAUCCAGACAUCAUCCUCAUCGCCAUCAACCGACAUGGGGUUCUGCUCAUCCACCCCAAGACCAAGGACCUGCUCACCACCUAUCCCUUCACCAAGAUCUCCAGCUGGAGCAGCGGCAGCACCUACUUCCACAUGGCACUGGGGAGCCUGGGCCAUGGCAGCCGCCUGCUGUGCGAGACCUCCCUGGGCUACAAGAUGGAUGACCUGCUGACCUCAUAUGUGCAGCAGCUCCUGAGUACCAUGAACAAGCAGCGGGGCUCCAAGGCCCCAACCCUGGCCAGCACCUAGCAGCGGAUGCUGGCGUGUCUGCUCAGGCGCCCUUCCCGACCUCUAGCCUGGCGCACCUUCCCAGGCCCUCUUAGCCCAGGGCCUGUCCUCGGCAGGCAGCCUUCCAUGCUGCCCCCCAUACAAAGCCCACUCAGCCCCGCAGGCGGCCCCCUCUGUCCUGGGCGCUGCCCAGAGAGGCCAAAAGAUGGGCCCAGAGUGGGGUCGGGAGUCUCGGACCCCCAGGCUAUUGGCGGAUGGCUGAGAGGACACCUCCCAACCCCACCCCACCAGAAUGUUCAAUAAAAACCCCUGGAGCAGGA